UUUUUCCCUCUUUCCAUCAAACCGCUCUUCACCUGCGGCCGUGCUGGAGCCUCUCUUCGCCCCCAAGGACAAGAUUUUUGAAACAGCUUAAUUGCGAGGCUGCGUGUGGUAAAUUAAAAUAAGUCAGAGGCGCCUGAAUAUAAACGCCCUAUUUAAGGUGGAAUUGAAGCACGCCAACGGCAGCGUCGUCUUCCCUGGCCUACUUGGAAAACCGACCGCGUGGUCAGUUAAUUACCGCUUACAUCUCCUGUGGUCAAUUAUGGACGACUGGGAGGAAGAAGAAAAGGGGCCUGUUGUGAACAACUCAAGUUUUGGAAAUUCAGGGAGCUCAUGGAAGAGUGGAGGUCAGCAGAACGGCUUCAAAAGCAAUGACACAGAGGGAAGCUCUUGGAAAAAGGGCAGUGGUGAAUUUGGGCUCCGAGGUGGUACAAGAGGUCGUGGCUCUAGAGGCCGUGGUGGAGGGUUCGGUAGCUUCAGUUCAGAAACGGAUGAAAAUGGCAACAAUGAAGACGAUGGAGGCAAAUCCUGGAACAGUGGUGGUGGGGAGAGUGGUGGAUUCAGGGGAAGAGGUGGCAGAGGGCGAGGAUCGAGAGGCAGGGGAGGAUUCAGGAAUUUUAACAGCUCUGAGGCUGAUGAAAAUGGCAAUGAUGAAGGUUUCAAAAGUAGUUUUGGAGGCAGAGGAGGUCGCGGGGGCAGAGAGGGUCGUGGAGGUUUUGGACGAGGUGGUGGAGGACAAGGAGGUGGAGGUUACAGGGGAGGUGAUGAGGAGGUGUUUUCCAAGGGCUCAGUGACUGGGGAAGAAGGUGGUGCUGAAGUCAGUGCAGGACCUAAAGUGGUUUAUGUACCUCCUCCUCCACCAGAGGAGGAGAGCUCUAUAUUUGCCCACUAUGAGACUGGCAUAAAUUUUGACAAGUAUGAUGACAUUCUUGUGGAUGUGAGUGGGAGCAAUCCUCCGAAGGCCAUCAUGACAUUUGAGGAAGCAGGCCUUUGUGAGACACUAAGCAGAAAUGUUGCGAAGUCAGGAUAUGUAAAGCCCACUCCUGUUCAAAAAUAUGGCAUUCCCAUAAUAUCGGCCAAACGAGAUCUCAUGGCUUGUGCUCAGACUGGAUCAGGGAAGACGGCUGCCUUCUUGCUUCCCAUUCUUCAGCAGCUGAUGGCUGAUGGUGUGGCUGCCAGCAAGUUCAGUGAGGUGCAGGAACCUGAGGCAAUCAUUGUGGCCCCCACCAGAGAACUCAUCAAUCAGAUAUAUUUGGAGGCCCGCAAGUUUGCAUAUGGGACCUGUGUGCGUCCUGUCGUGGUUUAUGGAGGUAUAAACACUGGAUACACAAUACGAGAGGUGUUGAAGGGUUGCAAUGUGUUGUGUGGGACCCCUGGAAGAUUGCUGGACAUUAUUGGUCGUGGAAAGGUUGGACUAAGUAAACUUCGUUAUUUGGUGCUGGAUGAGGCUGACCGCAUGCUUGAUAUGGGCUUUGAGCCAGACAUGCGAAAACUGGUGAGCUCUCCAGGCAUGCCUGCUAAGGAAGAAAGGCAAACCCUCAUGUUCAGUGCCACCUAUCCAGAGGAUAUUCAGAGGCUGGCAGCAGACUUCCUAAAGGUGGAUUAUUUGUUUCUUGCUGUGGGUGUGGUGGGAGGAGCGUGCAGUGAUGUGGAACAGCAUAUCAUUCAGGUGGAUCAGUACUCCAAGAGGGAACAGCUACUGGAAUUGCUAAAGACCACAGGAACUGAGCGAACAAUGGUUUUUGUCGAAACCAAAAGAAGUGCAGAUUUCAUUGCAACAUUUCUUUGCCAAGAGAAGGUUCCAACUACAAGCAUUCAUGGAGACCGGGAACAGCGAGAGCGUGAGAAAGCUCUCAGUGACUUCCGCACAGGCCAGUGCCCUGUGCUUGUUGCUACAUCUGUUGCUGCUAGAGGCCUGGACAUUGAGCAUGUCCAGCAUGUAGUAAACUUUGACCUGCCUAAUAACAUUGAGGAGUAUGUUCACCGCAUUGGAAGAACAGGCCGCUGUGGAAACACUGGGAGAGCGGUUUCCUUCUUUUACCCAGAGUCUGAUACUCCACUGGCACGGUCUCUGGUGAAAGUUCUCACAGGGGCCCAGCAGGAAGUCCCACCAUGGCUGGAGGAAAUUGCGUUUAGUGCCCAUGGCACAACAGGAUUUAACCCACGUGGUAAAGUGUUUGCUUCUACAGACACUCGCAAGGGUGGCUCCUUCCAGAAAAACCAGGCAGCAGCACCACCACCAGCUGCUCAGAGCACCGGUGCAGCAGCAGAUGAUGAUGAAGAAUGGGAGUAGAUUCACACAUCCCCUGCUUCGUUUUAUGUUUUUCUUUUGUAGCAAAAUAAUCCUGUGUUCAGCUUUUAUAUUAUGUUAAUGGCUCCAAGUUAAAAUGUGCAGAGAAGAGUACAAAGCUUUAGACAAAGAUGCUCUAAGAAAAAUUGCACUUGAAGAUUGAUUGGUGUAACUGGAGGUUUGGCUUCAUAUAAAGAGAAUGUCUUGAGAAUUAAUCCAAGAUGACCUGUUUGGCUAAGUGGCGUGUAUGUGGGGAUGAAUCACUUUUGCUGGUUUUUUUUGCACUUAACCGUGUGUUUCGUUUGAAGAAUAAUGAGUGGAGUUCUAGCACUAGCAGCAUCUGUUUCUAGUUGGGAAGUCAACAUGUUGUGAAUUUUCAGAUACCCAAAAACAUUUAUUUGUGCAAGUGUUGCUAAAGAUUGCUUCUGCACUUUCAGCUGACUGAGCAGUUAUUUGUGCCAUGUUUCCUGUUUUACCUUUGUCGAAGAUGGUAAAGUUUUGUGAAAUAAAUGAUCCAUUUACACAA